UGCCAAUGCCAUGGCCGGUGUCCAAUGGAAUUCCUUGCGUGACUUUGCCGGCUUUCGCGGGGUCGAGCGCAAGCCGGCCACGGGGCGCUUGGCGGUGCCUCCCAGCGAUGAGGUGGUCACGGCCCCGGCGCCACUGAGUGCGGCUGAUAAGGUGAAGCAGCGCCUGGCGGCUUUGAGAGGCAGUGCUGCGCCUGCGGCCCGUGUGGCCGGCAUUGCGCAGUGCCCUGAGCGAAAAACCAAAGAGGAGGAGCCGGCUGACCUGCUGGCCUUCCACUGCACCGGCAAGCGCUGUGGUCACCACUGGGUCACUGGACGUGGAGUCACCAGUUCGGAGCAGAUUUGCAAAUGUUGUGGCGAAUCUGUGGUGGGAGUGCCGAGCAAAGGAAGCAUCUUUUGCGAGAUUGACCAGGAGGCUGCAACUAGCGCUGGCGAGGUGGUGAAGAUACGCCUGGAACAGCAUGUGGCGCCCGGCUGGGCCACCUUGGAACUGGAGGACCGCUUGGUGGACUUUGUUCGCUCUGAAGUCAGAUUUAUCUCCCAAUUCUUCGACGAAGAUGGUGUGAGGGAUUAUGUGGCUUACCGUCAAGGGAAGUCCCUGGAGGGUGAUGAAGGCCGAGAUCGCAACAAGGAUGCCCUCUUGAUGGACAGUAUGUGCAAUGUGGUGGAUGCCUUGUGCAAGGCGGAGUUCACCGGCAGCCUCCGUGCGGGUGAGGCAGAUGCCAAGUUGCAGGCUCUGCUGAAGGGCCAGAUGAAGUUUUCGGUGCUGUGUGCACCUGAACGAGAGAAACGCGGUGCUUUGGUCACAGCGGAGGUGGAUUUUGAUAUUGAGCUGGAUGUUGAGGAUCGGAUUGCCGACAAAGCUGACGCAAGACUACAACGACUGCGAAAGGUGAUGUCGGAAAUGGACAAGAAGGUGAGAGAUAGAGCUGAGACAGAUAGGAAGUCCUCAGCGCUGCAGCAUCCACGGCAGCUGCUGGCCAAGAUGAUUUCUGGCCUCGACUGGCGCAGGGGGAUCAGUGAUCAGGUGAAUCGCGAGGGCCAUGACCGCGUCCGCUGCAUGACGUGUCGCUUCUUGGGCGAGGAUUGCAGCGCCGAUAUUGCCAGGUCCAAAGACGUGCGUGUGGCUCUGCGUUUGUUGCCGAGCUUCCUGUUCACCACCCGCAUGGUGUGCCGGAAAGAUGGCAACAAGGACUGGCAGAGCUUUGCCGGCGAUUUGCUGGAAGGAGUUGCGCAGAGCAAGGGGAGCGAGUGUUUGAUCCGUGCAGAACCCAAGCAGGAUGGAUUGCACUUGCAACUCUUUUCUCAAGCAGAUUGGUUGCACAACGCAGCGGAGCGUCUAUGUGCACUUGCGGCUGAGAGUAAGUCGCUGACUCUGUCCAGCCUGGUGGGGGUUGGGCGUUCUGCCCGUGGCUUGCACGUGGAGUGGGAGCGGACGUGUGAGGCUGUUGAGGAUGUGCCGGGCUUUCUCCGGGAGCUCUGGGCUGGCACAUCCGGAGCCCCGGUGGCCUCGGUGGCCUCGAUGCUUCGGUGGUGCCAGUCUUCGGUCGACCUGGACUUGACGCUUGGACCACUGAAGUGCUCCCCGGUGGCUGCCAAAGCUUGGCAGGAGGCGCGCCGCACCUUUGGGGCCUAUGCCAACUUUGGUGACUGGUCGGGGUUGAUGGACUUCCUCCGCGACUUUCGGCAGAAGGGCGCUGCCCACGCCAAGCCCGUCCCACGGCCGCGGCCUACACGGCCUGUGCGGCCUCCGGCUUCGGAGCCGAAGGUCUCUCGCCACAGCCGCUCUCGCAGCGCUUCGCAUCGAGAAGCGCGCGGCCGUGCGGCGCGGCGGUCGCCCUCCUAUGGAGCCUACCGGGGUCCGGAGGUUGCUUCGUCUGGCAAGAAGCGCAGACGUCGCAGCAGCAGCUGAGUGAAGCUUCAGCAAAA